AAUAAAAAUUCAUUUUAACAUUAACAAUAUAAAAAAAAAAAAUUAUUAAUUGCUUCUAAAAUGAGAUUUGGUAAACUAUAAAUUGUAAUGAAUCAUUUUCUCUUCAAGCCAAGUAAAAUGACCGAAACAAGUUAAAUACACAACAUAACAGUAUAACACACCACACCACACCACACCACACCCAUUUCUUAUAUUCUUUGACUCUCUCUCUCUCUCUCUCUCUCUCUCUCUUAAUUUAAUAAGAACAUUAGAUAUAAAAUGAGCAUAUAACACAAUAUUAGUCCCAACCCAACUCACGCAUGCUCAAACCCACACUCCCUCCCACAUAAAAACUCUCACCCACUCUCUCUCUCAAAUAAGCUCACAACAAGACAAAGCUUCUUCCUUUGGUUUUGCAACUCGUCGGGGAGAGAGUUAGAUCUCUUUGUUAUUUACAAACAAGGUCAAAAAGAGGGAAAAUGCCUUGGACUAAUUGCUCGACCACCACCAACACCGUCGUGUACGGCGCCAAAUAAUUCGAUACGGUCCGAUUAAUAUAAAAUUACUGAAAUACCCCUGCUCGUAGUUGAGUUAAAUGAGGUGUAAGAAACAUAUCUCCGACCUCAGCAGUAGCGUUGGGGUCUGCUCCACUUGUCUCCGGGAACGAUUAUUCGCGUUAAUCGCCGCCCAGGCCCAAGCUCAAGCCCAUGCUCAGGCCCAACAGCAGGCCCAGUUGCCUCGAGCUCUCUCCCGCGGCGAUCAAGACCCCAGAAAAUCCGACUCCAAUACUCUUCCUCACCCGUCUACUAAUACGGCUCCGGCUUUAGCUUUUCCACGCUCGGUAUCUCCUUACGUAUCUCGACGUAAAUCAGACGGAGCUGCCACGUGGAAUCAUCUCAACGGUCCGCUAGAAGAUCACCAUCAUCAUCGCCACCCUCGCCACCACCACCUCCGAUUCUACAGUACUCCUCAGGUUGGACCGACCUUCAGUUCUAGUAACCCUUUGGCGGAUUCAAUACCGUACAAGAAGAAACGGAGCAAGUUCUCCCUAUUCACUAACCUCUUCCGUUCCAGAUCCGAGAAAUUCGAAUCGGAUCCUAGGGUUCCGUAUCGGGAUUCGUACCCGGUCUCAUCAUCUUCGACGACGGCUUCUCCUUCCUGGUUUUCGGCUAUCUUCUCCAGCCGUAAAAGUAGCACCAAGCCUUCGCCGGCUCAAUUCUUCCCCGAAGAGACCCUCGGCACUCGCCGUCCGCGAGGACGUACGGAUCGGGGAAUGUCACCGGCAGAUGUUCCUGAUUUUGACUACGAUUACGGUGAUGAAGGUGAUCAAUCUCCCUCUGGCAGCGGACACUCAUCGGAAUCUUCGCCGAGAUGGAAAAGAACUCCGGUAGUGGCGCCCCUAUCGGCAAGGCGAACGAAGUCCGGUCCCGGUCGAAAUGUUUCGGGUUUGGCUUUCUGUCUGAGCCCCUUGGUCAGAGCUAGCCCUAACCGGCACUGGAACCAGAAAAGUUUGCCACCGGAGAUUGGGAAAUCCGGCGAAGGUAGGGUGGCCGGAAAACCUCAUUUAUCAACUGCGGCAUCGUUUUGUAAGAAUAGGUCGAGAAAGCUCGUUGAUUUCGGUCGAGCUAAUCCCAACCGUUGAUUCCGUCGACCGUUGACACUUGACAGUGACCAGUGACCACCGUGGUGACCCCGUUGUGUUUCUACUGAAAGUACGGUUUUGCCCCUCUAUUUUUCCUAUUUUUACCACCACCUUUUUUUCUUUUAAUGGUCCAUAAUUUCUUCCCUGAAAAAAAAAAUGUCUUUUGUAUAUUUUCAUUACAUUUUACAGCGAAAAAAGAAAACAGAAUUUAAUAUAUUUAUUAUAUCUAUUUUUUUUUAAUUUGUAUUUUCUAGUGUAAAGAUUUCGAAUCUGAAUACAGUGAGCUAUUUUUGAAA